AAUGCGCGAGUGUCCGAGACAACAGUAAAUGAUCAGUUGUUUAAGUGAAAAAGUGCUAACAUAGAGUUCCGUGCGACCAGACAAAGGUUCAAGACGAAAUGCAUACCAAAAACCUACUCUACGCCUUGCUGUUAGCGGGCACCCUUAUCGCGUUUCGUCCACCUGCAACGCAAGCUGCAUACGAAGUGAACUUCCUGCAUUUGAAAAGUGAACCAGCUGUGAUUAUACGACAAUCGCAGAAUACCUUCAUACAAUGGGUGCUAUCACUGCUGCCCAAUCGGCCAUCUAUACUGGGAGGCCCAAGCAUCACAACGACUACAGUAGCGCCGGAUGUGUUGGUGAGCACAACAGAGUUGCCACCACAACCUCAACCAGCUACCGCCACGCCUGCCGCAGUGACCACCACCACCGCCGAGCCGACGACCCUAGCUACAGCGAGCACUACAACCACCACCACUGCGGUGCCCAGCACCACACCUGCGCCGCCACCGAUCAUACUCAAUCCACCACGCAAUUGCACAGAAUGCGUCUGCGGCAUCGCCAACACACAGAAACGCAUUGUUGGCGGACAGGAGACCGAGACCCAUCAGUAUCCUUGGAUGGCUAUGCUGCUCUAUGGUGGCCGCUUUUACUGCGCUGCUUCGCUCAUAAAUGAUCAGUUCUUGAUCACUGCUUCACACUGCGUUUACGGUUUUCGUAAGGAACGCAUUAGUGUUCGCCUGCUGGAGCAUGAUCGCAAAAUGUCAAACUUUUUGAAGAUCGAUCGCAAUGUGGUGAAUAUCACGACUCAUCCAAAGUAUAAUGCGCGUACAUAUGAUAAUGAUAUCGCCAUCAUACAGUUGGAUAAGCCUGUGGAGCUGACAGAGCUAUUGCAUCCAGUCUGCAUGCCUACGCCGGGCAAGUCAUUCAAGGGUGAGACGGCAAUUGUGACUGGCUGGGGUGCUAUUAAGGUGGGCGGACCAACCGCUGACACACUGCAGGAAGUUCAAGUGCCCAUUAUGUCGCAAGAGGACUGUCGCAAAUCACGCUAUGGGCCAACGCGGAUCACAGAUAACAUGCUCUGCGCUGGCUUCGAUGAGGGCAAGAAGGACUCCUGCCAGGGAGAUAGUGGAGGACCGCUGCACGUUGUGGCGCCAGGUACCCGAGAACAUCAAAUUGCCGGCGUGGUAUCUUGGGGCGAGGGCUGUGCCAAGGCUGGCUUCCCAGGCGUUUACGCACGUGUCAAUCGCUAUGGCAGUUGGAUUAAGAUGGUGACAAGAAAUGCUUGCCUCUGCCAUUCGGAGACGAAGAAGAUAAAGAAACUUUAAGGGGGGAGGAAGCGGGGCAAAGACGUGAAUGAUUUCGAAAGUUUGUGCAGCGCAUAGAAAGCGGCUUGUGGGUGGGGCGGUUAUACUACUUGUAUUUUUA